ACCCAAAGAGAACAACAUACAUGUACCUGACCUAUGCCCCCCACCACCACCCCAGCUCCCUAUAUUACACCUUCGUGAAGAGCAGCACAUCUGAGCAGCUGGACUGAGGGCGGAGACGAGCAGGGUGUGGCUACGACGAUGACGUCAGACCAGAAGCCCCGCCCCCUUCACCCAGUUGACACGGGCUGGGCAUGGGUGAUCUUGUUUUCCCUGGUGGUGAUGAACUUAGUGGUCAAGCGAGUGUCAAUUCGGUUUACCUGCUUCCUGGGUUGUUUGUUCCAAGUGGUGGCUGUGUGUGUGAGCAGCGUUGUUCCCAACUCCAUCUACCUCAUCGCUUCACAGGGCAUUUUCUAUGGCUGCGGGCAUGCCUUGAUCUACUGUCCGACUCUCUACAUCCUGAGCCUGUACUUUGACAAACGUCGACCAAUCGCCACGACUCUGGCCUCCUGUGGUGCCAGUGUGGGUGGGGUUGUCUUCCCUUUGCUGACGAGGUACCUUCUGUCUUCUUACGGCCUCCAGGGGGCGCUGGUGUUGCUGUCUGCCAUGUUACUGCAGCAGCUUCCUAUGAUUCUGCUGUACACGCCCCCUAGUGCCUACCAUUCUGUGACGUCAUCGUCGCAGGCAUUGAGCAGCAGGAGGAAAGAUCUAGUCAACAGUCCUAACGCUGAAGUGUCCACAGAGGUGACACAAGAACUUCUUCCACAUGAGAACAACAACGUUUUAACAGACAUUGACCUCACCACUUCAGACAGCAAGACUGCAGUGAAAACAGAUUCCACAGCAAACGAAAUUGUGUCAGGAAACAAAACCAAGGUGCCAUCAGAAUUUACGAAAGUUGACAUUCAACAAAUCCUGGCCCUCCGAAAGCCGCACUUAACAGCUGCUGUUAUAAGCAAAAGCCACGAUAUCAUUCCUAGUGCGGGCAGUGACAAAGAUUCGCUUCUACAGGGGAAAUUGGUGGAUAGAGACCUGUUGAUUAGAUCACAGCUUCAGCUGCCUGGGAGUCAUCCGUAUUUCUCCAAGCGUCUGGAUAUCGCCGAGGCUCUAAGUGUGUCGGCCAUUGACCAGAUCGCUUCGAGCAUGCCAAGCCUUCUGGUGAAUAAGGCGGAGUCGUUUGAUCAGAAAGCAAAGAAGAGCUCUCAACAUUUAACCCAGAUGGUACAAGAUGAGGAAUCUGUAGAUUCUAAGAGCAUUGACGUCGACGCCCAGAUCUGUCAGUCCGAGGCACACAGGUGCUGUGCCGUGCCAGACAUUCUCAAGUCCCGUCCGUUCUGGCUGCUGGCCAUUUUCUUUGUCACGGGAUCGGUGGGCACCGGACACCCGGCCAUUUUCAUACCUCCACUGGCAAAAGAGCGAGGUCUUUCAGAGGAAGAUGCGGCUUUCUUCCUCAUGGUCUCCUCAAUGGUGGACAUGUUUGGCCGAUUGGUGCCAGGUUUUAUCCUCCAUUUCAACAUAAUGCGACCGUCCAGUGUGAUGGUCAUCCCUCUCAUGUGUUGCGCUGGCGCCUAUCACCUGACCCCUUUCUUCAACGACUUUGAUUCCUUGUUAGGCUUGACCUUGACCUAUGGCCUUUUAAGCAGUUCAUUCUGGGCUCUACAAACCCUGGUUGUGAUAGAAGUCCUGGGCAUGGAGCUCCUGGCGCCCGCCAUCGGAUUCUACUCUGUCUUCAUGGGCUUCUCCUCCGGGAUUUCCUUCCCUGUUGGAGGCGCCCUCAAGGACAACACUGGCACGUACUCAUCCACGUUCCACUACUUCGGCGUUCUGUACAUGAUGGCCGCCAUCAGCCUUGUGCUGGUCCGCUGUGUCAUGAGAAGCAAGUCCCAUAUACAGGAUGGCAGCGACGAUAACAUUCAUAGUGACAAGAACAACGAUAGUGACAAACAUAACAAUAGUGACGAACAUAACAAUAGUGACAAACUUAGUGAUAGUGACAAACAUAGCGAGAGUGACGUUCAGAACAAUUGUGAGAAAAACAACGAUAAUGAAAAACAGAGUGAUGGAUCUGCGAGUGAUAAUUCGAGAGAGAACAACAGGACGAAGAAGGAGAAGGAUGACGAUGUUAAUGUUUGAUCACGCGCUAUGGUUAGGAAAUUAUUCGUGGUCUUUGCGGGAUUUUGGCGGCUGUGAAAGGUGUGAUUAGUGUUCUCCUGCGAUGCCACUCUGCAGGGUCGUAAUUGAGCCAUGACGUCAUUAAGCAGUGACGUCAUUUUACUGUGAAGUCAUUCUGCAGUUGCGUCACUAUGCAGUGACAUCAAUUUUACUCUGACAUCAUUGAGCAGUAAUGCCAUUUUAUUGUGAAGUCAUUCCGCUGUGACGUCAUUGUAUAUAGGGAUGUCAUUGAGCAGUGACUCCCAUUCCUCGUCCCUCGCAAAGACCAGCAGCAGUACUGGCUGGACAGAACAUACUCGCGUCUUCCCUCCCCCCAUGCUGCAUUGCGAUGUAGUAUACGUAUUAUGUAUAAUGUUCCGGUAUUGCGCAAAUAUCCAAGUGGUGUCAGUGCAAGCACUAAUAAAUGUGAAAGUAGAUUUUUUUUUAAUGCUGGUGUUUUUAGGCCCCAAAGAUACAAUUUCAAUCAUAUAUAUAUAGAAGUCGGAUUUCCGACCCUGCCUGACGUGGCAACUCAGGCUGAGAAGGAUACACCACCCCAGCAGAAAAAAAACGAGAUACUUGAAAAAAAUUUACCCCCUUUCGUGAAUCGAACUUGGAUCUCCUGCGUGCUACAGCAAAGUGUCUUCCCGCUGCACCAGCCACAGACGCCGGUGUGCAAGUAUUGAGAGGUAAUAAAUUUGCAAACAGUUUGUGACAUCCAAACCAAUCCUAGCCCUCGUACAGGACAGGUGUGUGUUGGGGACAGGAGGUCAGCCUGUCUGAUAUAUUCCAGGUGCACUAAUCAUGAGAGCGAAUUAAGAGCUAUGUUUUCCAGCGCAGUUGAAUUGAACGGGUCAGAAAAAUAAAGAGUCUAACUUCUAAGUCACCUUGAGCUCAUUUCAAGAAAAAUGCAGCCAAAAGAAAACAACCCACUCAAGACAAACAACAAAAACAAAAAUACAACACCUUAAACAAAUAAAAAUACUAAAACAACCCAAAAUGAACAGAGUAAGGGGUAAUUCAUUCGUAGGCCUUAAAGGCCAUACCUCAGGCCUUUUAUUUCUCUGACCCCCUUGAAUGGAAGUAUGAAAGUGUUCGUUUGAGAGAGCGAACUAACUUGUUGUGUUCUGUCUUUGAUUUCAAUUAAUGUAAUAAUGUGUUUUAGCGUGACGACCGGCUGGUAUGAUUGUCUAUUAUUAUGAUUAUUAUUAUCAUUAUUAUUGUUGUUGUUCAUUAUUGUUUGUAUUAUUGUGACGCAGUUUUUGUUAAAUAUGGAUUGCUGCAUCAUGCUGAUUAUGCUUUUUUAAACAUAACAUAUUAUGUUGAGAUAAAUAUUCAGUCACUGAAAAGGGCAUGGUUUAUACAUGAAAUUUUGAUUUAAAAUAAUGUGUAAAUACAUGUUUGAUCGCUUCCUUUUUUUUAAGGGGGGAGGGGCAUACAAAGUACAAAUAUUUUGUGGAUUGAUAAAUCAACAGGUUGGUGGUCUCUAUUUUUUAAAUUGUAUAACUAUAUUCACUCUGUGUAUAUUACACAUUCAUUCUUAUAUAUUCCAUGUAAUAUUUUGAACAAAAUAAUUAUCCAGCCCACUUUGAAAAAGUUUGGUGAUCCCUGUGUGAAUCAACACUCAUAGUCAUAGUGCCUUGUUUGUUUGAGUGAAAAGAGGCAUAUUGCCACAACAGCAUCCAUUUAUUGCUGGAAAACAGAAAGAAAGAUAGAUAGAAAGAGAACAGGGAAAGAAAAGAAGGACCUACCUGUGGUGCCGUCCAAGUUUAACCAUCUGCUCAGUGAGCCAGCAGAGUUUAAUAUCUUUUUUUUAAAAAUGUUAUGCAGUUGUUUUUUAUGCCCCCAUCAACACAAUUUAGAUCACUUAGAAGGUAGGCUUCAACAAUACCUUUGUGUGCUAACCCAGGCUGAAGAGAGAUACAAGCGCGCUCAUAUGACCUUAGCAGUUGCGAGCGCCGUAAAACCUUAUACUAUACUACUACAUACUAGAGAGAUACAAUAUCCCAAUGGAAAGGCUGGGAUACUUGAACUCAGGUCUCUCAUGUGCGAUGCUGAAGCAGCUUACCACUACGUCUCAGACUCAGACACCAGUCAGCAGUGUGCAGUAAAAUGCACAUGUAUAAAUACAGUGUGUCUAAUUUUUAAGCAAUAAAUAUAUGAAUUUU